UUACAGAUGUCGGCAAGAUGGUGAAACACAAGAAUUUGUCAUCAUGUGCCUGUGUAUUUGUUUUCUUGUCAAACGUUAUACUGGCAAUACAACAAGGAAUUCAGCAACCAAAUAAUGCCCCAACACAACCCUCAACCCAACCAGGCUUUGUCCGUCACGCAGGGUAUGCACCUUCACCAUACCCACAUCACAUGCCUCUUCCAUAUGGCAUGCAACCCAAUCCUUACAUGAUGCCUAUGAUGGACCCUGAUUAUCUCGAUCAUCGUAUGGACAUGGCCAAAGACAUGGCAAAACAAAGAUAUGCCAUGAACAUGUACCGACAGUCAUAUCCACCAAUGGGAAUGUAUCCUGGGUAUCCUUAUCAACAAUCAAGGUCAUUUGGCCCAGGACAUCAUUCAGCGCCCAUGAGUACUGCUGGUGGACGCCAUGGCUCCAGUCCUAGAGCUACUCAGUCUACACAGAAUACACAACCCACUUCAGGGCCAAAAAGACUUUCAAGGAAGAAGAGAUUUGUUCCUAUGAUGCCAGUUCCUUUUGCACCAUUUGGAGGAUUUGCCCCAAUGUUGGGUGUACUUAGAGGUGCAGCUGUCGCUGGAAACAUGGCUAUGGUGCAUAGAGUAGGUCGAAUGAGAGCAUUAGCUGCUAGAAGAAACAGAAACGGAUUUAAUCAAAAUAGUAGAACACGAGGAAGUCAGUCUACUGUGUCCCGCUUUAAUCCACAAUCUAACCGACCUAUGGAUAGCAGUUUUAACGCGAUCGAUAAUGCCGUUGCUCGGUCAACCGGUGCUCAACCAACCGUCGUGCAGCAAUUAGUUCCCCAACCGCUAUCACAGCCAUUUAUGACACAGAACAUUAUUUCACAACCUGGUCAGCAGGUCAUAUCUGACCCUAUCUUGUCUCAACCGGCCUUGACCCAAAACAUAGUGGUCGACCAACCAAGCAUCGUUGAUCCUUCGGGCUUAGGUGGACAGCAACAGAUCAUAGUAGACAACGGUCUAGGUGGACAACAACAGGCUAUUGUUGAUAAUGGGUUAACCAUGCAGCCACAAGUUAUAGUCGAUCCCAGAGUUGUCGGGCAGCAACAAGUUGCUAUUGACAAUACAUUAGCCGGGCAGCAACAGCAAAUAUUAGAUCAACAAGCUGUUAACGAACAACUUGCUGCUCAAACAGCUUCCAAUAAACAAUUAGAUGCUGCACUACAGCUGCAAAUGGAUGUUCAACAAGCUAUUAAUCAACAAACAAGUCAACUAGCUGGUUCACAACUUGCCUCACAAAAUGCUCAACAAUUGUAUAAUAGCGUAGGUCAACAAAUAGAUCUUCAACAGGCCAAUAACCAACAGUCGUCACCACAGGUAGCCUUUGAUGUUUUAAACGGACAACAGAGUAUCGCCAAUCAGCCUCAGUCAUCUCAACAAAUAUUCAAUCUCCAACCGAAUAUAAACCAACAGGCUUUGGAUCAACAAGCCUUGGAUCAACAGAUCGUGAACCAACAGCCUUUGAACCAACAGACUUUUAGCCAACCGGCUUUGAAUCCACAACCUUUUAACCAUCCGAGCAUGAACCAACAGGCUUUUAACCAACCAGCUUUAAACCAACAGGCUUUUAACCAACCGACUUUGAAUCAGGGUUUGGAUCAACAAGCCUUGAAUCAACAGAGCAUGAACCAACAGGUUUUGGAACAACAAACAUUGAAUCAACAGAUCUUGAAUCAACAGGCUUUCAACCAACCGGCUUUGGAUCAACAACUCCUGAAUCAACAGAUCUUGAACCAACAGGCUUUGAACCAACCGGCUUUUGAUCAACAAGCCUUGAAUCAACAGAUCUUAAGCCAACCGGCUUUAGGAACCCAGCCUUUCGAUGUAAGCCAAUCCAUCUCAGGUCAGCAGCAAUCUCAAAUUUCUAAUGCACAACAGUCAGUAUCUAAUCCAAUGGAUGGCAUGAACAUUCAAAUCCAAAAUGUUAUGGCCGAUCUUGCAGCCUCUCAGACAUCAGCACUGAGCUCUUCUCAAAGUAACGCUGUUGACGUGGGAAGUGCAGUAGUACAACCACAACAACCAUCGAACCAGCAGCUUUUGAUACAGCAACCAGGUCAACAAGCUGCAGGACUUUCCUCGUUAGCAUUCCCUGAGUUGCUUAGUUUCAAUGACCCAAGUGCUAGCAACAUAGCUAAUACUCUUCAACUACGUCAAGCUCAGGCUGCCGAACCUGUAACUACAAAAAUAGCUGCUGGUGGUCAUGGUGGUGGUGGUGGUGGUGGUCCACCUCAACCUCCGACUUAUCCAAGUCAAACUGGCCAACAAGCUAAUUUAGCUACUCUCGACUUAAUAGCUAAUUUAGCAUCAUUAAAUCAACGAGGUAUGAUUCCAAAACAUCAAGGUCGACCUUUUAAUUUAUAACGUUAGUAUAUGAAAUCUGGACAAUGUUCAUACUAAAAGUUUAUCUCUAUUACUCUUAGUAUAUUUUGAUCUUUAUCCAAUAUGAACGUCUGGUGCAGGGUAUGUAGACGUGUUCGUGUGGGUUUCAAGAACUUUGUGAAAAACGUAACGAGUCAGUGGCGAAUUAUAUGAUAUAAGUAUUGGGAGAUCCUGCUGUUUUAAAUACUAUGCUUCCUUACAAAGGUGUAAUUUAAUGAGACACUUUAGAAUAUGUAUCGGAAAAAGAUAAGAUAUAAAUUAACUUAGAAAGAAAAUUUAUAAAAUGUUAUAUAAUAUAUGAAUUGAUAUAGUUUAUGGUUGUUUAAUUAUGAAGAGAAUUUAUGUAUGAAAUAAAGUCAUUAUGUUUGAUAAGUUUG